AUGUUGUUGAGAAGCAUAUGGCUGUACAAAGGAGUGUUUGUUGCUGUUGGUCGCCAGAUUGGUGUUGGAAAGGAAUCUGAUAUAUUUGAGGUUGGCGAAGAUGGAAUUGUUUUGGCCAUGAAGUUGCAUAGACUUGGUAGAGUCUCUUUUAGAGCUGUCAAAUCUAAGCGUGACUACUUGAGACAUCGAAGUAGUUAUAAUUGGCUCUAUUUGUCUCGCCUUGCUACCCUUAAAGAAUUUGCUUUCAUGAAGGCUUUAGAAACCCAUGGCUUUCCUGCUGUUGUAGAACACAACAGACAUUGUGUAGUCAUAUCACUUGUUCAGGGUUAUCCUCUUGUACAGGUGAAGCAAUUACAGAAUCCAGAGUUUGAGACAAUUAUUGGUCUAGUUGUUCGGUUGGCUGAACAUGGCCUUAUUCAUUGUGAUUUCAAUGAAUUCAAUAUCAUGAUUGAUGAUGAUGAAAAAAUUACCAUGAUUGACUUUCCACAAAUGGUAUCCGUGUCACACCGAAAUGCACAGAUCAGAGAAACUUCAUUACAGCUGGCCUGGCCUAAUAUAGUGCUAAUAUAUGACAGAUACAUACAGAUGAAACUAAAACCAACCUUCAAUUCGCAAGUAGAGCAUUGCGUGUCACAAAUUAUGCUCAAGUGAAUGAGAUUUUGACCGAUGCUGCUUUAUUAAAGUGCCAAAAGAACCUAUCUCAGUACCGAGAAGCUUCCCGUAGUUUCCUAUCUCAGUAACCUCUCUUAUCAUAGUUCUGAAGUGAAUGUUACUCGCUUCUCUUCUUCUGGGGAAUUGCUGGCCUCUGGCUCUGAUGGUACGACCUUGGUUAAGGAAUUUUAGCUUAAGUUAAUGUAAUGAGGCAAAGCUGGUGUACAUCUAUUUGCUUGAAUCCUGUGGGAAGUUGCAACUGUUAGACAAGAUGAUGGUGAAACUCAAAGAGCAAGGUUAUAGAGUCCUUAUAUAUGCUGGACUUGCUUGAAGAUUACUGCUGUUACAGGGUGUUCUCAAUGCUUGAUACCCAAAGUCUGUGCUAUGCAUCAGCUACUUGUUCAAUGUUCAGCAAAUGUGCUAAAGAUCCUCUCUGCUAUACAAAUCUCAAGAAUUUCUAUAUUCCAUAAAUAAUGUUUGCCUGAAUUCAUUACAGAAGGAUGGAUUUUGAAGAAAUUUGUACAGUUGCAUUAAGUAUGCAUCAAUUUGAAGCUCUUGAUCAUGGGGAAUAAGAUGCUCGUAUUAACAAACAUCUUUCUUAGUUAUAUUUUGUUUUUUACUUAUAUGAACAAUUAGAUGUAUAAAGCAUAUUAACAUGUUGAAUAAUGUAGUUUAUUUUAUAUAUAAUAUUCUGUAUUAGUUCAUAUUA